AUGAAUAAGCGUAUUUUUUUUUUACGGCAUUCAUAAGAAGCAGCUGACGUUUUUCUCUACUCAUCUCUAUUGUUUACGAUUACCCUUUCUGUCUAGGAUUUGUCGGCAUUUUUUUUAAAUCAAUUAAAAUUCAUCGCCACCAUGGCUACGAAUUUUGGUUGUCGGUGGCAGUGGCUACUCUCAAUAGCUUUUUUAUUAAUCCAAAUAGUUAAUUCUGUAGACAAGAGCCUUUUCAAAACUUGCGAGCAGAGUGGAUUUUGCAAGCGACAUCGUAACAUCCAGUCUGGCCACUCUCCUUACUAUCUGGAAAUGAGCAGCUUCAAAAUCUACUCAACCAGCGUAGAAGGUGUUUUAGUCAAUUCAUUGAAUGGUGUGAUGUUGAAACUGGAAUUGAUUCCUCUGAAAAACAAUAUGGUUCGCAUGAAAGUGGCAGAACUCAAUCCAAUAAGGCCAAGAUUUGAAGCAAAGGAUGCCUUGGUUAGUGAUCCUGAAGAAACAAGCUUAAGUGUUGUUUCACAAGACUCUGAAAAACUGGUCGUUAAGUUUGGGACAAAUAACAAGGCCGUUUUGAAUGGAAGUCCCUUUAGAGUUGACAUUUAUACUGAUGAUAAACUCGUUGUAAGUGCUAACGCUCGUGGCUUGAUGAAAUUUGAACAUUUCAGACCAAGAGAUAAACCGAAAGCAGUUGAAGAAGGAGGAGAGGGCAAUGAAGUCCAGGAACAACAACCUCUUUUAUCAGCUGAUGAAGAACAGUUUAAAGACACUUUGUGGGAAGAAACAUUCAGGGGAAACACUGACACAAAGCCAAAUGGUCCAGCCUCUGUUGGGAUGGACUUCUCGUUUGUAGAUUUCAAAGAAGUCUACGGCAUUCCUGAGCAUGCAGAUGUUUUCCCCCUUAGAACAACUAAAGGCGCAUCUGAUCCCUAUCGCCUAUUCAAUUUAGAUGUUUUUGAAUAUGAACUAAAUAAUCCCAUGGCUCUCUAUGGAUCUAUACCUCUUAUGAUAGCUCAUAGUGAAACAAAUACUGUUGGCUUGUUUUGGCUUAAUGCUGCUGAAACGUGGGUUGACAUUGAAGCCCCUUCCAAUCAGGGUGUUGUUUCAUCAAUUGUGGAUUUUGUUAAGGGGAACAGCCAGACUCCUCAGAGAGACACUCACUGGUUUUCUGAAAGUGGUAUCAUUGAUGUCUUUUUCCUGCUGGGGCCUCAUCCGAAGGACGUCAUGUAUCAGUAUGCAAGACUUACUGGAACUACCCCUUUGCCUCCCCUGUUUUCUCUGGGAUAUCAUCAAUGUAGAUGGAAUUAUCGAGAUCAGGAUGAUGUUAGAAAUGUUGAUGCUGGCUUUGAUGAAAACGAUAUUCCAUAUGAUGUUCUUUGGCUUGAUUUGGAUCAUACUAACGAUCGAAAGUAUUUCACCUGGGAGCCUUAUAAAUUUCCUAAUCCAACAGAAAUGAUUAACAACCUUACAGCUAAAGGCCGCAAAAUGGUCACCCUUGUUGAUCCACACAUAAAAAAAGAUAAUUCUUACUACAUUCACAAGGAAGCCUCUGAGAAAGGACUCUACGUUAAAAACAAAGACAAUAACGAGUACGAUGGUUGGUGCUGGCCUGGCUCUUCCGGGUACUUAGACUUCUUCAGUCCUGAGGUACGUGAAUGGUGGGCAUCUAAGUACGCAUUGGAUCAGUACAAAGGCUCCACUCUAGCAUUGUACACUUGGAAUGACAUGAAUGAACCGUCGGUUUUCAACGGACCGGAAGUUACCAUGGAAAGAGAUGCCAAGCAUGUGGGUGGAUGGGAGCAUAGGGAUGUUCACAAUCAGUAUGGAAUGAUGAUGGUGAUGUCUACUUAUCAAGGACACCUGAUGCGUAGUAACAACAACCAGAGACCUUUUAUUCUUUCAAGGUCUGUUUUUGCUGGAUCUCAAAGAUAUGGUGCUGUGUGGACUGGAGAUAACAUUGCAGAUUGGGAUCAUCUUAAAAUUAGUAUUCCCAUGAUUCUUAGUUUGAGUGUCACUGGCAUGUCAUUCUCAGGAGCUGAUGUUGGAGGUUUCUUUAGAAAUCCUAAUUCUGAGCUAAUGCUGCGUUGGUAUCAGGCUGGUGCUUUUCAACCUUUCUUCAGGGCUCAUUCCCACCAUGAAACAAAAAGGCGUGAGCCUUGGUUAUUUGAUGAUCCAUACAAGAGCCUGAUGCGUGAUGCCAUCCGCCUUCGUUACCCGUACAUUCCCCUCUGGUACACGCUGUUUCAUGAGAAUGAGUUCACUGGGGUCCCUCCUAUGAGGCCCGUCUGGAUGGAAUACCCAACUGAAUCCAUAACAUUUGAAAUGAACGAUGAAUAUAUGAUAGGUUCCUCUCUCCUUGUGAGACCUGUUUUAGAAGCUGGUGUUUCUAGUGUCAAUGUUUAUUUUCCUGGCCAAAAUGAUGUUUGGUAUGACAUAACAACACACCAAAAAUUUGAAGGAGGAACUACUGCUACUAUAGCCACCCCUCUUGAAAAGAUUCCUGUAUUUCAAAGAGGUGGAAGUAUUAUACCAAAAAAGAACAGAAUAAGGCGUAGUGCAUCACUAACCUACAAUGAUCCUUAUACUUUAGAUAUUGCUUUAGAUAAAGCUGGUAGCUUUGCCAAUGGUACCUUAUACAUGGACGACUUUGACUCCUUCAGAUAUCGACAAGGAAGUUAUUUGCUACUUAAAUUUACUUAUGAUAAAAAUUAUAUUAAUUCAAAAAUCAUUGGAGGUCCAGGUGAAUUUAGAACAAAUUCCUGGCUGGAGAAAAUUAUUGUUGUAGGUUUAGAUAAAGCUCCAAAAUCUUUAAAACUUUCAAGCAAAAGUGUUAAAUCUAGUGACCUUAUUUUUACAUUUGAUGAAGCUAAACAUAAAUUAGUUAUAAGAAAACCUGGCAUUAGUAUGGCUGAAGAAUGGAGAAUAGACUUCUAGAUUAAUUUUUUAACUUCAAAUAUUGAUUGUACGUCAUCUAUCUUUUUGUUAACAAAAAAAGAAAUGAUCUAAACAGUUUUUCAUAAAUG